GUUUUGCAUGUGUGUGAUUUUCUACCCAAGCUGAGGCAGAAUGUCUUCUCAGUCAGAAAUGGAGUACUACUGUCCUGUCUGCCAUGACAUCUUCAAAGAUCCUGUUCUCCUUGGAUGUAGCCACAGCUUCUGUAAGGACUGUCUGAGGAGAUGGUGGUCUGACAAACUAAUACAGAAGUGCCCGAUUUGUAACAAGGUAUUUUUGUCGAAUGAACUGCCUUCCAACCUGGCACUUAAGAAUCUGUGUGAGGCCUUCUUACAGGAAAGAAAGCAGAAAGCUUCUCCGGGAUCUGAGCCUCUCUGCAGUCUGCACUCUGAGAAACUCAAACUGUUCUGUCUGGAUCAUCAGCAGCCUGUUUGUGUCGUCUGUCGAGAUUCAAAUUCACACAGGAAUCACAGAUUCAGUCCCAUCGAUGAAACUGCUCAAUGUCACAGAGGUGAGCUGCAAAAACGCCUGAAACAUUUGAAGGACAAACUAAAGAUCUAUGAACAAGUAAAAGGAAACUUUGAUCAAACAGCACAACACAUUAAAUCCCAGACACAACAGACGAAGAGGCAGAUUAUGGAGCAGUUUAAGAAACUUCACCAGUUUCUACAAGAGGAAGAGGAGGCCAGAAUCACUGCUCUGAGUGAAGAAGAAGGGCAGAAGACUAAAGUGAUGAGGGACCAGAUUGAUGCUUUAAACAGACAAAUUAUAGACAUUUCAGAUACAAUCAGAGCUGCAGAAGAAGAAAUUAGAGCUGCAGACGUGUCAUUCCUGCAGAGUUAUGACAACUCAAUAAAAACAGUCCAACAGCGCCUCCAUCUGGAUCCUUCAGGCCUGCCUGGAGGAGCCCUGAUAGAUGUGGCCAAACAUCUGGGCAACCUGACCUUUAAUGUGUGGAACAAGAUGAAGGACAUGGUCUCCUACUCUCCUUUGAUUCUGGAUCCAAACACAGCUCAUCCAGAGCUCAUCCUGUCUGAAGAUCUGACCAGUGUGACUUUUGGACAGAAACAGAAGCUUCCUCAUAAUCCAGAGAGGUUUGGUAAACAUAGGUGUGUCCUGGGCUCUGAAGGCUUAAACUCAGGGACUCACAGUUGGGAUGUUGAGGUCAGAAACGAUCGAUUUUGGGGUCUUGGUGUGAUGAAGGAAUCAGCUGAGAGAAAGGGACAGAUCCAGACUGGAUACUGGGAAAUAGUUCUCCUUGAUGGAAAACUCACAGCAGCCUCUCCACCACUUCCAGAUAAAGUUCUCCCAGUGGAGAAACCCCAGAGGAUCAGAGUUCAGCUGGACUGGGACCGAGGGAAGCUGUCCUUCUUUGAUCCUGACACUAAGAAACACAUUUACACCUUCAAACAGACUUUCACUGAGAAGCUGUUUCCUUACAUUGGGACCACGAGUGAGUUACCCCUGAAGAUUAUACCAACGACUGUCUCUGUAACAGAAGAUAUAGUCCCUUUAUCAUCAAGUUUCUGGUCUUUCUAGAUUUGUCGAGUUGGAUGUAAUAAAUUAUUUUGAUGUAUCCGCAUUCGUGCAUUUCACUUUUUGAUCAUAUAAACCGUAUUUUCCAGUGUAGUGGUAGUUAAAGGAACCAUCCUGUUAGGGCAUUUAGGGCUAGUUCUGUUUUUCCGCUGCUCAUUUCUAACAAUAAUGUAAUUUGGGUAAUAUUUAAGUAUUUUUAGACCCAACAUCUGGACAACCAGAACUUUAUUGUGUAGAAUAUGAUGAAGAGAUGAUUUUCUACUUGCAUUUAAUUCUAGAUCCAAACACAGUUAAACCACAUGUCAUUCACAAAGUUCUUAAUGGCCUCGCCCCAUCUUAUUUAUUUGAGAUGCUACGUUUUCGUGAGUGUGGCAGGGUUCUGACGUCAUCUAACCAGCUGCUGCUGGAAGUGCCCAGGUCCAAAUUUAAACACUGGGGUGACUGAGCCUUUUCAGUUGCUGCACCCAGACUCUGGAAUAAGCUCCCCACUGACAUGUGUUUCAUCACAGAGCUGGGCCAUUUUUGAUCUAAACUUAAAAUAUUUAUUUAGGAUGGCUUUUAAUACCCACUAAUGUGAUGACACUUCUAUUUUUAUUUUUCUGUUUUUACUUUUACUUAUGUACUUGUUUCCUGGUGUGUUUUUAAAUUGUUGUUUUAAUAUUUUGUAAAGCACUUUGGUUCACCAGUGGGUUGUUAUGAAGUGCUAUACAAGUACAUUUACAUUCUGUCCGAUUAUCUGAUCAGUGUGACAUUUGAACAGAGGAGAAACUACCUGAUAAUUUACCUGUUUCUGCUUGUAAUCACUAUUAUUAUUGGCUGUGUAGAAGAGAAUCUUUUUCUUUCUUACUUACUCAAUGAAUGUGAUUUUAUUUUGUAUUAUAAGGUGAAUCAGUUCAGGUGGUCAGGGUUACUACACACAUAUGGAAAUGUACCAGUAUGUACAUUUAAAAUAACGUCUAGAUCUGGAAAAUUUAUUUUCAUCAUAAUGUGAAAUACUGAAUUUUUAACUCCUAGAUACCUGUUAUUAAAUGUUUUGUGAUCUUGUAAAUCCAGUGUGAUCUGUAAGUUGUAAUACAUGUGUAAAUAAGUAAAAAAAAAAAAAAAAAAAAGAGUAAAUGUGUCAAUUAAACAAAAUGUUAAUUAAAAAUGUUAUUAAAUCAUUUGAAGAAAUUUCCAUAGAUGAAAAUAUAAAACAUAAAUUAUAUAAUAAUAUAAAAUAUAUUUAAUAUAUGAGGUUAAUAAAAUAUAUUUAAAAGUAUAUCAAUUGAUCAAUUUCAUGACUGAACUUUGGUCAUAGUUUACUUUUUAUAGAUUUCUGAAAAAUUAUUCUAUACGUAUAAUGAUGAAUAGCUUGACAAUCACUGUCCUAGAUGAUAGAAUGGCAUAGCUCAUCAUGAAAAUAAAAGUACUAUUUAAAACCCUUAUUCAGCGCCCAGAUUGUCCUUAAGCCUGCAGAAGACAGCACUGGUGUAUUAGCAAUGGCUGCACAUGUCUAAGGUUUCCCAUUAAGUCUGCAAACAAGCAUGUACAUAAAUGGAACGCCACAUUAUUAAUAACCGUGUGCUGUAACUACUAGAACAAGAUGUGUGCUGUAAAAUCUUUAUUGUACAAUACAAUCAUCUGGACCUAUAUGUUUUUUAAGAUAAUAAAUAGUUGUGCU